AUGAGGCCGCCCCAUCGCAGGCUGUUAGUGUGGAGCCCAGCUGAGCGGCGAGAGGCUGCAAGCUCGCGGUCUAUAAUAGAGUUGCUGAGACAAGCGGAAAACUGCAGCCGAGGAGGGAGGGAGGGAAAGAGGGAGGGAGGGAGGAGCAAGGGCUGGGACAAGACAAGGGAACUCCUGAGGAAAGCGGUGACCAGGGCCCGCUGGGGACUCACCUGUGGCUUCUCUGCUCUGUGGCAGGUGACAGAUGGUGGCACCAUCAAGCAGAAGAUCUUCACCUUUGACGCCAUGUUCUCCACCAACUACUCACACAUGGAGAACUACCGCAAGCGGGAGGAUCUCGUGUACCAGUCCACUGUGAGGCUGCCUGAGGUCCGGAUCUCAGACAAUGGUCCCUAUGAAUGCCACGUGGGUAUCUACGACAGAGCCACCAGGGAGAAGGUGGUCCUCGCCUCAGGCAACAUCUUCCUCAAUGUCAUGGCUCCUCCCACCUCCAUCGAAGUUGUGGCUGCUGACACACCUGCCCCCUUCAGUCGGUACCAGGCCCAGAACUUCACUCUGGUCUGCAUCGUGUCAGGAGGGAAGCCAGCGCCCAUGGUUUAUUUCAAACGGGAUGGGGAGCUGAUCGAUGCAGUACCCCUGUCAGAAUUGCCGGCAGCCAGCUCCGGCCCCCUCCAGGACAGCAGGCCCUUCCGCGGUCUUCUGCAUCGAGAUGUGGACGACACCAAAAUGCAAAAGUCACUGUCCCUCCUAGACACGGAAUACCGGGCUGGACGUCCCUACACGGAGCGCCCCUCACGCACUCUCACCCAGGACCCCAGCCUUUUCGUGCAGCCCACCACGGAAAACAUCCCAGAGACAGUAGUGAGCCGCGAGUUCCCCCGUUGGGUACACAGCGCAGAACCCGUCUACUUCCUGCGCCACAGCCGCACCCCAGGCAGCGAUGGCACGGUGGAGGUGCGGGCCCUGCUCACCUGGACCCUCAACCCGCAGAUCGACAAUGAGGCCCUCUUCAGCUGUGAGGUCAAACACCCAGCGCUGUCCAUGCCCAUGCAGGCGGAGGUCACGCUAGUUGCUCCCAAAGGACCCAAAAUUGUGAUGACGCCCAGCAGAGCCCGGGUUGGGGACACAGUGAGGAUUCUAGUCCACGGAUUUCAGAAUGAGGUCUUCCCAGAACCCAUGUUCACAUGGACGAGAGUGGGCAGCCGCCUCCUGGAUGGCAGCGCUGAGUUUGACGGGAAGGAACUGGUGCUGGAGAGAGUUCCUGCUGAGCUCAAUGGCUCCAUGUAUCGCUGCACCGCUCAGAAUCCACUGGGCUCCACCGAUACACAUACUCGGCUCAUCGUGUUUGAAAACCCAAAUAUCCCAAGAGGAACAGAGGACUCCCGUGGUUCUGCUUCUGGCCUCGCUGGCGUCCGGCUCACCCUGGUGCUUGCCCUGACAGUGGUCCUGGAGCUCACGUGAAGAUGCCGCCUCCUCCUGACGCUCCAGUGGCCCGGCAUCUCUGCGAUCGAUUUUCAUUUCUUUUCUAAACUAUUUCCAGUCUUGUUCUUAGUCUUUGCCCAUGUCUUGGCUUCUUCACUGGGUUUAAUUAAAACAAACGGACCAAUUUUCCCCA